CUUAUGGAGUGCGAAACCGAAACCAAGGUACCCAGACGAUGGGUGAGACUAUUAUUCUCAUAAGAAAUCAACAAAUUCCAUUAGCGUCCUUGUCCAUUCCAUCAGUCUCUCUUUAUAUAUCAUUUCUACCAUUUUCAAAAAAAAAUAUAUCAUCUCUACCCAUCAACUGUUCAUACACACAAUUUAUAUCAUCUCUACUCAAUAACUAUCUUCUCAUUGUACUCCAGCCUCAGUCACCACCGGGAGCCAAAACAAACAACAAUGGCUUCUUCUUCUGAUGAUCAAUCCUUGAACCUCCCGUUAAAGGAAAUCCCAGGAAACCAUGGUUUACCAAUUAUUGGUCCAAUUUUAGAUCGUUACAAUUAUAACUACUUCCAAGGUCAUGAUGAGUUCAUUAAAUCUCGUAUGGAAAAAUACAAGUCAAGUGUUUUUAGAAUGAACAUGCUUCCUGGCCAGUUCAUCAAGGUUUCAGAUCCUAAAGUCAUUGUUCUAGCUGAUGCUCUUAGUUUUCCAAUUCUUUUCGAUCUUUCUAAAGUCGAAAAAUCAAACGUGCUUGAUGGUACUUUCAUGCCUUGUUUAUCUUUCACUGGUGGGUGUAGAACUUGUGCUUAUCUAGAUCCUUCUGAAGAAAAACACAGCAAACUUAAAAGUCUCUUUCUCAGUCUAAUAGCGUCUCGUCAUGAUAAGUUCAUUCCGGAAUCUCAGAGAUGUUUCAAAGCUCUUUUCGAUGGUCUGGAAGCUGAUGUUGCUGAAAAAGGUGCAGCUAAUUUCAACACUUUAAAUGACAACAUGGCUUUCGAUUUAGUUUUUCGUGUUUUUUUCGAUAUUAAUCCUGCAGAUACGAUGCUCGGUAACAAGGGUCCAUCAAUGAUAACAAAAUGGUUGGUCUUACAACUUCAUCCAUUGAUAACUCUAGGAUUACCUAAGAUCAUGAGUAUUGUGGAAGAUUUUUUCUUGCAUACUUUUUCAUAUCCAUCAUUUCUUGUGAAAUCUGAUUACCAAAAGAUAUAUGAAGUCAUUUAUACUUCAUCAACAUCAAUUCUUGACGAAGCCGAAACACUAGGUUUGUCCAAGGAGGAAGCUUGUCACAAUCUUGUUUUUCUUGCUGGAUUUAAUGCUUAUGGUGGAAUGAAAGCUCUUUUCCCUGCUUUGAUGAAAUGGCUAUGUCUAGGAGGCCAAAAGCUACACAAAGAUCUUGCGGAAGAAAUCAGAACUGUUAUUGAAUCCGAAGGCGGAGUUCUAACUCUGCGAUCAAUAGAGAAAAUGACUUUGACAAAAUCUGUGGUAUAUGAAGCUCUUAGGAUAGAACCGCCUGUACCCUAUCAGUACGCGAGAGCAAAAGAAGACCUUGUAAUUAACAGUCAUGAUGCUUGUUAUAAAGUCAAAAAAGGGGAAUUGUUGUUUGGAUAUCAGCCGUUCGCUACUAAAGAUCCAAAGAUAUUUGAGAAUCCAGAGGAAUUCAUAGGGACAAGAUUUAUUGGUGAAGGAGAAAAACUGUUGAAGUAUGUUUAUUGGUCUAAUGAACGUGAAACGGUUAACCCAACUGUAGAUAAUAAACAAUGUCCGGCCAAAAACAUUGUCGUACUGUUAGCAAGACUCAUGGUGAUUGAAUUUUUCCAACGUUACAAAACUUGUACAGCUGAGAUCAGCAAGUUUUUGUUAGGAUCCUUGGUCAAUGUUAAGACGUUGACUAAACACUAAAGUGACUACUAUGCAGCCUAGUUAGCAAUUCGGGAUUCGGCAAACGCACGGAACGGUAAACGUACGAGUAUUAUACGGUUUUGUAAAAUCCAGAUUCGGUCCAAAAUUCGGUCAACGGGAAGUGAUUCGUCAGUAAUUCGG